AGUGGUUGGUCCCUUGCGGUGCGCGUGCGCGGGCGCGUGGCACUUGGCCCGCUCUAGCUGGGACAAAAGUCUAAAAAUUGAGACGGGUCCAGGGAGCGAGGCGAGAUAGCAACAGCACCGAGGACGUAGUCGGAGACAAGAUGAGCAGCGCCGACGAGCUGGCGAAGAAACUCGAAAAGGACCUCGAGGAUCGAUUAGCAGGUCUCUCGAGCGAUGCCAAUGCUGGCAACGAGGAUGAUGCGAAGGCGUCCGAGGUCAAAGAAGAGAAAGUCAGUCCUGAAAGCGCUGUCCAUGUAGCGGAGGACCGCGCGACAGAGCAUGGUGGGCCGGACGGAAGCGCACAAGACGACACGGAGAGCAAGAAUAGAGUCAUGCUGAGGGAGGAAGAGCAGAAAGGCGCAAGUGAGAAGCUAGAGAGGAAGGAGGAAGUAGAGGGGCACGACGAGGAGCCGGAACGGCCGGAAGUCGUGCACGCAACACCAAACAAUGCCUCGAAAGAUGACGCGCAGUCUGAGAGCACCGAAGUAAAGACGAUGGGCGGCAGUGGAGCAGCAGAAGCAGCAGGGACAGCGGCAGAAGCAGCGGAUCAGAAAGAUGAGGGCGGCAUCGAGGAAGCCGAGGAGGGCAAGGAAGACGCUCAGGCAAGUGGAGCGGACACCCAGGAUGGCAGAGAGGACCGCCCAAUGCCGCUUUCGCUUCACUCGAGCAACUUCGAAACCACACAGGACAAGGACAGGGACUUGCCGGCGCCGCCAACGCCCGCGAAGGAGGAUGUUGCUCUACCUUCAACACAGGAAGUAAUGCAGAAGCCAAUUCCUGCAACGCCUGAGCACACCAAGAACAGUGAGCAAGCCACGAGCAGCGAGGUUGAGGCGGUCGCACGAGCAUUUGGAAAGACCAGCCUGGCGGCUGAGGGAUCUCCUUCUACUGGGUCGUUUGACGCUCCCGUCUCGGCUGGCGUCUCUUCUUCGCAGGUGCUCUCCGUCCCACAGCAAGACUCUCCCUCGUCACAGGGCAGCCCACUGACCCCCAAGAGCGGGGGCAUUAGGAUAGGAAAAGGACCACCGCCAUCGACACCGGCCAGUGAGGAGAAGCCAUUUGAUUUCAAUCGGUUCCUCGAGCAAAUGCGUCAUCGCAGUGCUGGUCCUGUGGGCGAAUACGUGAGAAGCUUCAUCAAAGGAUUUACAAAGAAGCCAUAUAGGACACAAGACCAGACGAAGCUCAUCUUUGACUUUCUCGACUUCAUCGCGGGCAAGAUGCGCGAGUGCGAGGUGUGGGCCAACGUAUCGGACACCGAAUUCGAGAAUGCGACAGAGGCCAUGGAGAAGCUCGUCAUGAACCGUCUGUACGCCUACACAUUCAGCCCGGCCGUCCGCCGAGAGGGCAAGUGGAGCGUCCAAACCGACGACCUGGAGAGAGACAGGGUCUUGAAACAGAGGAUCAACCUCUUCACAUGGGUCACUGAAGAGCACCUCGAUGUGCCCCGCGGUGACCACUCGAAGGGCUUCAUCGAUUUUGCCAUGCAGGAGCUCUUAAAGAUUAACCACUACAAGGCCCCUCGAGACAAAUUGAUCUGCAUCCUGAACUGCUGCAAGGUCAUCUUCGGUCUCAUUCGGCACCUCUCAACAGAAGAAAAUGCCGACACCUUCAUUCCUGUCCUCAUCUUUGUCGUGCUCCGUGCCAAUCCCGACCAUCUCAUCUCCAAUGUCGAAUACAUCGGGCGGUUCCGCAACCAAGAGCGGCUUUCAAGCGAGUCGGGCUACUAUCUCUCGAGCCUGAUGGGCGCGAUCGCCUUCAUCGAGACGAUGGACUACACUUCGCUCAGCAACAUCACACAAGAACAAUUUGAAAAGAACGUAGGCGAUGCGGUCCAGAGCAUAAGCACCGAACAGGAGUCUUUGGAAUCGAGUCCGGGAAAGGAGCGCUUGCAUCAGUCUGGCUUCGAAAAGAGUACGACAUCAGGAGGGAUCCCUUUGGCUUCAUCCUCCGACAUGACGCCCUCAUCGUCACAAGGAGGCGGUUCAGGAGACGAAGCCGCACGCGCGCUUCCCAUUGCGCCGAUGGCCGCCACCUUGGCCGAAGAUACCAGAGCUUUCUUCCAGCGGACAGGAGAGGCGGCGCGGGCCGGCCUCGGAGCCAGCUUUGGGAAACCGAUGGGAGCACUGGGAAAGCUAUUUCAAGAAGGGCUGGACGGCCCCAGAAUGCCAAGUGGUAGCCAAAGCAACCCCGAGGCGGGAACGCCAGCGAGGAAUGAAAGCCCUUCGCCCUCGCUGCCAACAAGCAAUAGUGCUCGAUCAAGAAUGUGGGGCUUAUUUGGCGUCGACGACGACGGGAAGAGUCUCGGAGAUCAGGCAUCUCCCAGCAGGAUUCAGCAGCGCCCAAGUUCCUCGUCAUAUUCGGGCACUGCGUCGCCUUCUUCGACGCCUAAUGCCUCUGCUACAAGGCCAUCAUCAGGCUUCAACUUGGGUUCGUGGUCUCGGUCUUUCCGUGGAGGCAUGGAUGCAGAGGAGGAACCUCAGACACCACACUCGGACGAGCUCCGUCAGGGCCCGUUCUCAGCUCUGGCUUCUCAGGGUGGGCCUCGAAAUGUGGCUCAGCAGCAAGGAGGCGGAACGCAACAACCCAAUGCGCCGCGCGCUCAGAGGGUGAGGCCGGCCGUGCAGGGCUACCCUGGAGCGCCUCCUCCUCAGCCCCUUCAACAGGCACGGCCGGCACGUAAACAAAGCGUUGAUCCGUACACGCUCGAGGACGAGCCCCCGGAAGACUCGGGGGUGCGGACACCUACGGACGAUGGAAGCUUUGAUGACCAUGAAGGCACCGGUGCGGGUAUGACGAGGCUGACGGGAGAUACGAGCUUCUCGUCUUCGACGGGUUCUUCCUCUUCUCAUGCCGCUGGCGCUACUGCUGCUGCUGCCAUUCGACAACAGCAACUGCAGCAGGAUCAGCAGAGGCACGCGAAGUCUGACAGUGGGAGCGGAGCGCGUUCGCGUUUUUCGGACUUGGGAGGCUUCCUGCCGUCCUUUUUGCAAGAGACCAACUCGCCCUCGGCUGGAAGGGGCAGCAGAGAGCAACAACAACAGCAGCAAGAGCUAACUAGAGGACUCUCUCAAGGGUCUGCAGGGGCUGGUGCCGCUGCUGGUGUCUCGCCUUCCUCAGAAGGCAUGGACGAUGCCGAAGCAUCUGCCGCCCAGGCAGAGAUCGAUCGGGCCCAUCUGGCUGCAGGCGUAGAGACGCUUCGAAGCAUCUUCCCAUCGACUGAACCAGACGUCUGUCAGAUGGUCUUAGAAGGCUGUCACGGAGAUGUUCAAGCCUCGAUUGAUCGUCUCCUUGAAAUGUCUUGAGGCUCUGGCCUCUGUUGAUGAAAUUCAAUACAAUACAAGAACGAGGAGGGAUCGCCGUCUACUGCUGAAACUGGUCCCAAGGGACAUCACCAUCCUGGUACUUUUCCACUGGCCUUUUCCACGUCACGAUCUUUGCCGCGUCACUCUUUGCGUCCGCCUUGAGGUCUCUCCGGCGAAACGGUAGGACGAGACCCAGCUCCCAGUUCUGGCAUGUAAGCUGGGGCGGUGCCGAUGCAGAAGCUGACGAAAUGUUGCCCCAUGCGGCCUG